GCGCGUUUGUUUGUACAUCGUUGUUUCAAACUUCCCCAAAAAAGUGAUUUGGUGUUGUGAUGGUGCAUAGCGAACAAGGAAGGCGGAUGUUUCAUGUAACAGAACAGCAAGGGUGUGCACGAGUUAGGAGUUAGACUACCCCUACAAUCUUACUCAGGAGGUCAUGCGGUGUUCAUGUACAGUACAGCGGCAGAUGGAAAUGUUACGCUACAGCUACGGGAAUCCGACGACCUGGAUAGGUCGGGUUUAGCAGCAAUGCUGGCGCGAUUACAAGAUGAUGCUACUUUUUCUAUUUCAUAUCAAGAUAGUGAUAUCUUGUCGGAUGGAAGUAUAGACGUUCUUUUAGGAACUGGGACUGGAACUUUACAGGGAUCAGUGGCUAGCGCGUCAUGCAUUCAAAGAGAUUCUAUCAAUUAUACAAGUGCAACGGAAGGAGUUACGGCGACGUUUGAUUUAUUUGAUUCCUCAAGUGGUCCUGAUUUAACGCUGUCUCCUCAAACUUUUACUAAUUCUGCAGAGGCCUUUAUCAACGAUAACUCAAAUAGUUUGGGUGUACCUACAGAAAACGAGUCGGUGACAACGACAACGGAAGAUAAGAAACCCCCCGUAGGAUCGUCAAGUGAAGUAGUAAAAUUAGCAGUGAAACGACCACGGCCUAAGGCUGCUUCACCUAAUAGACAAGGUCCUCAACAGUGUCAGGUGUGUGCCAAGGUCUUCGGAAACGCCUCUGCACUUGCCAAACACAAACUGACUCAUAGUGACGAACGAAAGUACGUAUGUACGAUGUGUGGAAAGGCAUUCAAACGUCAGGACCAUUUAAAUGGACACAUGCUGACCCAUCGAAACAAAAAGCCUUACGAGUGCAAAGCGGAGGGAUGCGGAAAAUCGUACUGCGACGCAAGAUCGUUACGAAGGCAUACCGAAAAUCAUCACAGCUCUUCAACGGUUAGCACAAACACUACCACAAUGUCACCAGCUCAAGGGGCAGCUUCUGGUGACGCCGCAUCCCCACACGGUUCUAGUUGUAUUCAAUAUGCACCACCACCUCCCUCAACAUCAACGGGAAAAAGCCAACUUCAACAAUUGCUGGCCACAGAACCGGCUAAGAGUGGCAACGGAGGAAACAACGAUGGGUUGACCAAGCAGCAAUUAGAUUUAAUUCAUCAAAUUAUGGAGCAAACACAAAGACAAUCACAUACAGUUACAAAACCAGCAGCAAAACCGGCAUCCAAACCAACGAGUAAGGCGCCAAACAAAUUGCAAAAGGUGUGGACGUCGCAGUCGCAAGGUAGUUUAUCAAAUAAAACCAGUACUGGUGGAUCAACGCCAACAAAAAUUACCACCACAACUUCCACUUCGGUCCCAAUUAAUUCUGCUAACAAAACAGAAUCAAAGCCGGUGGAAUGCAAUCUGUGUCACAGAAAAUUUAAAAAUAUACCUGCGUUAAAUGGCCACAUGAGACUACAUGGUGGAUAUUUUAAAAAGGAUGCCGAAAAUAAGAAAUGUGAGAAGAAGGAUCCAAGUGGACCUCCACUGCAAACAGCAAGUGUAAGUGUACGGGCGCUAAUAGAAGAAAAAAUUAUAAACAAGCGCAGCACCAAUCCGCCUCCGCCAACCAACGGCGAAGACACAACGCGGAGUGGGGCGCCACCGCUUUUCCCUCUAACUGUGCAUUCCUCAAAUAAUUCCAGCGACUUGGAUUCAAAAAUCACCUCAUUUGUCGUACCUGCGCCUCCACAACAACCAACCGAAAAAGGACGAAGACACUCGGAUGCCGACGCGUUUACAAUACCGAAACAGCCCAACACGCAGCAAGAAGCGGAAGCAUUAGCUGACCUCAUUUUGAAAAAGGGAAAGGUUGCGGUAAAAAGAACUACAUCCGAUCCCGGGCAACCUACCCAGCAAGUAAUACAAUUACAAACCGGAGAAUCACUGACUCUCACCGGUGUUACAUAUCAAUCUGAAGAUAGCUCGGGAUAUUUCUCGCAAAGCUUACAAGACGAAGUGUUCACUCAAGUGCAAGACACAAUGUUAUUACAAAGUGUCGACGCACAACACCUUACUUCGAUUCAAUUCCGAACCGAUUCCCUCCUGCAUGAACAAAGUGAGGAUCAACUGCACGACAUUGCCUCUCUAGAAGACUACGCCAGCGUGACCGCAAGUCUUCAGGAGACUGUUCAAUCACCAUCAUACCAAUCUAAUCACUCGGUCAAUCAAGACUUACAGGCGGUGCUCGACUCUCCUUUGCCCGAAAGCUUGGCAGAAUUCAGCACAUUUCAUUCUGCCACAAAUCUGGACAUUCCAUCCCCCGGUUAUCAAACCCAAUCUCCCGCUCAAUACACGGAAUCUCCACAUACGUCCCUUACUGCUCAAUCUCCCCUACAAUCCCCUCUAAUUAGACACGAUUCGCCCGGGUUUGCAUAUCCAACUCCGCCCGCCAGUCACGAAGGCCGAAGUCCUUGCUUUGGACAAAACACGAUACUUCCCAUGGUCUCGCCCAAACAAAACGAUUUCACGCAAGUCGGCGGACGGGAACUAGAUGAACCUCCGCAAGCAUCUUCCCCUUUAUCGGCGGCAUUUUUUACUUCGACAAUGUCUAGUUCGGCAGCCGUGGAAGAGGCUUUAGAAGAAGUCCUGCCUGGAGAAAGCAUAUCAACCGACGAUAUUUACCCGCUCACCAACUCACCAACGCCACAGUCACCACUUUCCGUCGGCCUUACACCUGUCGCUUCGCCAUUAUCCAACAUCCCAGCAUCAUCGGUAUCUUCUCCUCACCCUUCAACCACGUACACUCCGUCCCCUAGCAACGUUACGUUUCCACUAUCGCCACAUUACUCCUUUCAAUCGCAAAUGAUGCCAAACUCGGACGAUCCCCUACUGUCAAGCAGUCCAAAAGACACUAAAAAAAAGUUUGAAUUCAAUGGCCUUCCUUUAAAAGUGAUAAGUAGUAACGGAUUAAUCGACACAAAUUUUACCGGAAUUUUGGUCGAGAGUAAUGGCGAACUAAAACUGGUACAAACAAAUGGUAAUGCGCUACAAACAAAAAAUAUAGUCGUAACUGGUGCUUCAUUACUACACGCACAAAAUUUUUUAAACAAGGAUAUACAAUUAAAAAACGGAGAAAGGAUACCGAAGGUUACACAAACGCACACCAACCUUCCAAUAAAAUUUGCCGGGCAAAGAGAAACGUUUAAACAAGAUGGUACCGAUGUGUUUAUCAGUCCCAACAUUGUACCUGCGAGUCCUAUAAGGCAAUCAAGGAAACGGCCACGUUCGGAACCCUUACAACUUCCCGUGCUUUAUCAAUCCAGAUUACGCGCAACUAGAAGUAGGCCUCACGGAUCAUCGACUUAUACGCCUCCACCAUUACUCAAUCCAACUAGAUCAGGUUCCGGAUUAUAUUGCAGCUUAAAGAAAGGUAAGUUCGCAGUAGCUGUUGGCGUGAGCCACGUAAUCCCUCUUGCAGAAAACAGAGAGGACGCUUACAACGUGUGGAAUAAUGAGUCAAUUCCCGAGUCAGAUUCAACACCUCAUAUUAAUAUUGGCUCUCAAUUUCAAUGCCAUCCACCGCCUUGCAGAAAAGGGUUAUCUAGAGUAGAUCUGGAACCCAACCGAGAGUAUCUGUUGUGGAACCCGUCUUGUACUCUUUCGGACAACGAAGUUGACAUGUACUUGGAUUUCGCGUGCUGCGCAGCAGUUCCCGGUGGAGGACGAAAUAAGGAGUACGCAAUGCACCUUUUGCACAUGUGUGGAGGGAAUAUUCACGAAGCAAUGCUAAAGUUAAUGCACCCCUAUCCCGCGCUUCCUCACGAUCAUCCUCUUUUACAUUAUCAGUACAGUGAUAGCGAUCGAUGGUCGUCGGAAGAAAUAGAGGCAUUUCAACACGCUCUUUUUAGAUAUGGAAAGGAUUUCUUUAGUAUAUCGCGCGAUAUUGGCUCAAAAUCGACAAAACAAUGCGUGCAGUUUUAUUAUAUUUGGAAAAAAGUAUGCGCCGAUGAGUACAGGCGGAUGAAAGUUUCUAGAGAAUCUAAACGCUCAUAUUCGAAAGGAUUUGAGUCAGAUUCAGAGGAGAAACCACAUGCGGAUGUUAAAUUAUUAGGCAUUGCCGACGCGGAGUCGCCUAUUCCCUUUCAAGAACAUAAAAAUUUUAUAUGUGAAUUUCCCGAUUGCUCAGCUAGUUUUAAUUCCAAAGCGGCACUUAACGGCCAUAUUAGAAUACAUGGUGGUACUGUUAGAAAUUCACCGACGCCGUCGACAGUGUUAGAAAGACGAACUUCCACAACUCCUACCAUGUGCCACUCAGAUUCUUCCGAAGAUUAUCCGUGCAAGAUAUGCGGGAAAGUAUUUACAAAGAUUAAAAGUCGCAGCGCCCAUAUGAAAUCACACCGCCCUCCCGACGCGGAACCGCUUAGAAGAAGAGAAAAGGACAUUUCCUGCUCAUCUAGUUUUGAUGUAUUUGUAUCCAGCCCCUUCACCACUUAGCAAAAAUGUGAUUAGAAUUAUUUAGCCGGAGAUAUUAAUGUAGGGAAAGGUUAGAAGAAUAAACGCAAUCAAAUAAAUUACUUACUCGAGAAAAUCAAAUCAAAAUUUCUAUCGUUUUCCUUUUUCUAUAAUUUGAAUGCAGUUAUUCCAAAUCAAACAAUGCAAUCAAACAUCAUACUUUCGUUAGGCGUACUGUAACCGUGAAUAAGAAAUGUAUAAAAGUACUUCAGGAAGUUAGACAAAUGUAGUUAAAACUUAGGGUAGGUUGUACAUCCUCAUAUAACAGAGAUUUAUAUAUUUAAUAAAAAUAGGGGUUGUGUUACGUUACCUGGUGUAACGUUAGUGCCUUUCGACUGUCGAGUGAGACCCUACGUUUAUACCACUUUCGUGGUUUAAGCAUGGAGCUGUACCGAUACCGAUCCGGUACUUUAUAGUUUGUACUUUAAUGCUCAUUUCAUCGUUUACGAUGACUUUGUGUGAAUAUUGAGCAAUAGAUUCUGAUAAAUCAAAUAUCAACGGCCAUAACUGCAAAACUAAUACGUAUUUAUAUUUUUGGAAACUUAAUCGCGAUAUUUGCUUUUAUUCAUUUCAUCUAUUCAUAUCAUCCAUACUGUUGUUAAAUCGAUAUAGCGUUGUAAGUUUUAUCAUAAUUGUAAGAGAGAAAAAUAAUUUUAUAUUUCAGUUAAAAAUUACUGUUAACGAGAGAGAGAAAAACACGGAACUCUAUCGCGGUUAAGGAACCAUUUAACAUGUAAGUACUCGUCGCCCUUAGGCGUCCGUACUGUUUACUCUGUGUUGUGAUCUUUUUAAAGUCUAUUACUAUAAAUCUAUAUAAAUACUAAUAUAAAUAAAUAUUUGUACAUGUUAUUGAAUGUAUAGGUAGUAAUUACUUUUGUCGGUGCAAAGCCAGGGGAAAACUCGAGCUUUUCCAUUAAAUGAAAUGACAAUCCAAUAUCGUUUUAUUCGUACAUUUCUGUGUUAUCGGUGUAUUUUUAGUGUCUGCAAGACGUUAAACAUAGGUUAAGCAGCUUAUUCGUAGAUAUAAUAACUUAAUUGUUGUAUGUUGACAUGUUUUAUAAUCCCUGUUGUAUGUUUUGUAGUUUCUCAGUAAAAUGGGAAAGAGUAGGUUAAGUAAAAUGGCUGAGAUCCACUGGCUUGCGCAAGACUCUAACUGCUGCCAUCUAUUAAUAGCCUAAGAGAUACAUCCAAGGGGCUACAAAGGUCUGGAAAAGUAUUGGAUGCUAUCGAUGUUGAUUGUUUUUAUUUUCGAUAAUUGGCUUGGUCUAAUGCGUUACGAAAGGCAGUCAGCAAAAACUGCAUCUAACUCAUGCACAUUCCAGUUAGCAAACCUCCUUAUAUCCCGACAACUUACCCUUGUUAAUGUAAAAUUUACAUGCAUGACGCACAAUUAUUAAAUGUCAAAUUACUUAUGGCGGUGACACGUUACACUUACCAAUGAUAUUACGUAUUCAUUCCACGAUCCGUGAUCCCCUCCUCCGCAAGUGCAUGAAC